CCAGCAGAGCUGACAGAGACACAGACAGAGAGACAGGAAGUGAACUCAGCGUUAGAGAAGAGGAAGCUGAAGCUGCAGCUUCUUCUUCUUCUUCUUCUUCUUUUGACCGUGCCGUGUGGACAUGGAGGACGUACAGGUGUCCAAGACGUUAGAGCUGAACGACGGCACACACAUGCCCAUGCUGGGUCUGGGGACAUGGAAGUCGUCCCGUCUGCCUCGAACCCCAGUGCAGGGCGCGGUGGAGGCGGCCAUCGCUGCGGGCUAUCGUCACAUCGACACGGCCUUCAGCUACAACAACGAGGUGGACGUCGGCAGAGCUCUGCGCUCCAAGAUCCAGCAGGGCGUCAUCCGACGGGAGGACAUGUUCGUCGUCAGUAAGCUCUGGUUGACUCACCACGCCACCGAGGACAUCGCCGUCUGUCUGGACCACACCCUCCAGAACCUCCAGCUGGACUACCUGGACCUUUACCUGGUCCACUUCCCUGUUGGACUGAAGAAAGUCGGGGACGAGCUUUUUCCAAAGAAGGAUGGACAGGUGCUGACCUCUGAUGUGGACUACGUGGACGUGUGGAGGGGUAUGGAAGUCCUCCAGGCUUCAGGGAAGGUGCGGAGCAUCGGUGUGUCCAACUUCAAUGUCCUGCAGCUGGAGAGACUCCUGACUCUGUGCAGAGUGCCCCCUGCUGUCAAUCAGGUGGAGCUCCAUCCCUAUCUGCUGCAGACGGAGCUGCUGGACUUUUGUAGGUCCAGGAACAUCAGGCUGACGGCCUACAGUCCAUUUGGUUCACCUGCACGACCUUCAGAUCUUCUGAAUGGAGAAACUGAUCCACACAAACUCCUGGAAGAUCCAGUUGUCAUGGAAACGGCCAGAAAACACAGACGCAGCCCUGCACAGGUUCUGCUGAGGUUCCACAUCCAGCGGGGAAUCUCCGUCAUUCCGAAGAGUGAAAAAUCUCACCACAUCCUUGAAAACACGAAGGUCUUCGACUUCAGUCUGGGUGAGAACGACAUGAACGCUCUGAGGAGACUGGACCGCGGCUGGAGAGCCUUCAGGCUCACAGAACUUCAGUCUCACCCCUACUACCCGUUUGAGUGAGUGUGUGGAGACAGAGACGACAGGAGAGUCCUGAGAACUGAGUUGAAUCCGUUCUCCAGAGGCAGACAGGAAACAGUGACUUAAAGGGACAAUUCAGGUUUUUCUCACUGACAGUCAGUCACUCUGUCCUCCAUAUAAAGGUCCAUAGAGAAAAUCAACGAUUUUAGCUCACAACCACACAGACAGAAACAUCCUGUUCUGCCACCUAGUGGUUAGAAGAUGAUCUGUUCUGCAGAACCCACUGCUGCAGUCACUAAGGUGUGUGCUACUGAUGAGUCAAUUCACAAAGUGGCCACAGGAGGCAGCAGAUAUUUUAUUUUGAUGACAUACACAUUAAAACUUGCAAUAUCCCUUUAACACCGUCACCAGUGAAGUCGGUUCUAGAACUGUUUCUCUUUACUGUAACAUUUUUAAAUAAACUUUAAUUUCACUGUAA